CUUAGUGUUAAACCAAUGGUGUUGUUAUUUGGGUUUAUAUUGGCAAGAGAAAAAUUGACUGUGCGUGAUGCGUUUCAGACGUGCCAGGUAGUUUUUGACGUGUGUGAAGGCUGUCUAGUGUGUAUUCUGUUGGUUUUGUAUUAUUUUAUUUCUGUUAUGAGUUCUAGUGAUAUUCUUGUUAGGUUACGUUAUUUGGAUGCAUAUCCAAAAACCUUGGAAGAUUUUAGAAUCAAAACUUAUGGAGGAGCAGCAGUGACAGUAGUGAGUUGCUGUGUGAUAGCAUUGCUUGUAUUUUUUGAAAUUCGGGACUACUGGACACCUACAGUAUCAGAAGAACUGUUUGUGGACACAUCAAGAGGACCAAAGCUAAGGAUAAAUGUAGACUUUGUUAUACCAGCAAUUUCUUGUGAAUUUCUGGUACUGGAUGCAAUGGAUACAUCAGGAGAACAACAUUUGAAAAUUGAACACAACAUUUACAAACGUAGAUUGAACCUGGAUGGAAAACCAAUUGAAGACCCAAAGAAAGAAGAAAUUGGAGCAGGAGGAACAGAUAUGUUAAAACCAGAAAAAAAUACAACUGAAGAAAAAAAGUGUGGAAGUUGUUACGGUGCUGACACUGCAGAUUAUCCGUGUUGUGAUACUUGUGAAGCCGUGAAAGAAGCUUAUAGAAGAAAGAAAUGGGCAUUUCCAGAUCUGGAUACAGUUAUUCAGUGCCAUUCAGAGCAUUAUUCAGAGAAGUUAAAGAAUGCCUUUUCAGAAGCUUGUCAAAUAUAUGGUUAUAUGGAAGUAAACCGAGUUGGUGGAAGUUUUCACAUUGCCCCUGGACAGAGCUUCUCCAUAAAUCAUGUACAUAUUCAUGAUGUACAACCGUUUUCCUCUACAAGCUUCAACACAUCACAUCGCAUCAGGCACCUCUCAUUUGGUAAAAAUAUUCCAGGAAAGACAAAUCCAAUUGAUGGAACUGACGUCAUCACACAUGAAGGUGCAACAAUGUUUCAGUAUUAUGUCAAGAUAGUGCCAACAACAUAUGUUCGAAAAGAUGGCGCAGUGUGGCAGACCAAUCAGUUUUCCGUUACAAGACAUCAAAAGGUUGUAUCCAUCAGCAGCGGAGAGUCUGGAAUGCCUGGUAUAUUUUUUAGUUAUGAACUUGCUCCAAUGAUGGUAAAAUAUACAGAAAGGGAAAAAUCUUUUGGACAUUGCGCUACUAACAUCUGUGCUAUUAUUGGAGGCAUAUUUACAGUUGCUGGAAUUAUAGAUUCUUUGCUGUAUCACUCGGUUAAAGCGAUACAGAAAAAAAUUGAGCUAGGUAAGGUAAAUUAAUAUAAGGUCAUUUUAAUAUGUCGGCUGCAGUAAUCUCCAUGCAAUGAACCAAAUGAAAAGGUACAAAUAUUGAACUGGAAACUGAAAAUUUACAAAGUCUCCACUUGCCACUUGGAGGAUUUAUCUCUUGCAUUUAUUGGACAGUAUCCAUUCUCAGCAGUAUUCAUGUAGGGCAGUUCAUGGGCUUGUCAAUUUUGUUAUAUAUGUAUCUUCGUUAUAACUUUUGAACCUUUUAAUUGACCUCAAGAAAAUUUGUGUGAAGUUGAAGUAAACAUUUGCAUCUUUGAAUAUGUAAUCUUAAAUCUUUUUUAAUUAAAGUUUAGAUAGAUUGUUAAAAUUUUAUCAAAAAUUGGAAAACAUGUUGAUUGUAAAGAUAUCUGUUGUUUUAUUUCAUGAUGAUGACUGGUAACUAAUGUGACAAUGCACCUGAGAUUUCGAAAUUCUGAAAAACUGUAAACCUCCACAAAUUUUGUAAGGAAAAUUUCUAAAAAAUGUCAACAUAGUAAAGGCACAAGGUUUUCAGGUUAUAUUUAUGAAUUUGUUCUUAUUUGUUGUUGCAAAGGUAUAAUAAUUGAUAUUUAAUAAAAAUGUCUUUUAUUAAA